UUAAGCCACCCUUAGAAAAUCGAGAAAGCUUCAAAAUAAACCUCUCGACAUGAAAACCACAAUAUGGAGCUUUUGCAAAUAAAAAUGUGAUAUUGGUCCAUGCUUACUGACCCAUUAAAGCACUUUUAAAAUAACAAAGUUAACAUCCUAAGGCUGGUUUCGUUUCUAUGUGGGAAACAUAGUGAUCAUAUGUGCAAUACGGUUUGGCCGGCUAGUCUCAAUAGCGUUCUUUUUGUUUGUGCAACAAAUACUGUUGACUAUAGGGCAAUUGUACACCAGCCGUUUACUUUGUAAAGGAAUAAUUGUUUAGACAAUAAAUCAUCGCCUCUUAUUGUAUGGAACGUUAGGUCAUUGUUCAUUUCGGCAUACUUUUCAUAUUAUCAAACAUGAACACUCCACGGCCUCAUGAUCUCUGAGCAUUUUCUAUGACAGAAAAGUGUCGAAUAAUCUGCAAAUAAUUCAAUGUCAACGAGGCCAUUCAAGUGACGUUCCAAGCCCGGUACUAUGUCAGACAGCAGUACUAAUUCCGCCCAGAAAGAGCUUGCAUACAAUGAAGUCGCUAAACUGGUCCCGCUAUCGAUGGCUAUUGUGGCAACAAACCUGUUAGUGGUUGUUCUUUUUUGGAAAAGGCGACACCUACAAACCUUAUCAAAUUUUCCUUUACUUAGUCUUGCCGUAUGUGACUUUGUCACAGGAUUUGUCAACAUACCCUUGCUAAUCAUAUUCAUGCUUAUCCCAACGAUGGAAAUUGACAACCCCAGAGGGUUGAUAUCAAAUUUGAGUUACUCUAUGUUGGUUACUCAUGCUUUUACUUCCACGGCGACUGUAUACCACAUUUUACUCGUGAUAACUGACAAGUAUUUUGCCAUUAAGUGGCCUCUGAAACAUCGUUUGCUCACCAAGAAAAAGAUGUCAGCGUCGUUGGCAGUCGUCUGGCUGUUAUCUUUUGUCAUCGCCUUAAUUCCAGUUUCAUGGAUAAACGUUAGUCAAAAACCUAUUGGAAGAAAGUUAAUGGUGGGCUAUGGGAUAUGUUGCCUCGUGUUUGUUUUCCUCUUUUCAUAUCUCUUUAUGGUGUACGCGUUAGUGGUGAUGUUCAGAAUCAUAUCUGAAAAAACCAAACAGAAAGAUUCAACGCUGCUCAGACGAAAUAGUCGUAACAUGGAAGUUACAAAAAACAAACGUCGUGUAUCCAUUAUUUUUGCUGUGAUGGCCACGGUCUUCGCGGUUUGUUGGCUUCCAUGGUUCAUGCUCACGUUCCUAGUCAAUCUACGAGUGCAAAUAGAGAACCUAGAAUACUUCAUGGAAUGGUUUAUACCAUUUAGAUAUGUCACCUCUAUCAUAAACCCAUUGCUUUAUACAUUCUUUAAACUGGACUUUCGUCAGGCUUUUAAAGAGACGGUAUGGAACAAAAUUGUUUGUAAACCUUCUUUCAAUGCAAGGGCAACGAUUAUGAAAUGGCGAAGGCGUUCUUUUCGGCUGAGGGAGAACAAUGGAACAAAAAAGAACAAAAAAGCUAUAUAUGUGGUAGGACGAGGGAAUGAUACAAAUUCUGUAUCAAAUAGUUAUGUUCACUAUGUUUCGUCUGUGUGAACGACGUAUGCUGGCCAAGAGAUGUAGGCAACACUACGACAAUUCAGUAGUAUAGUCAGAACAGCGUUUAUAAUGAAAGUAAUUAGCAUUACCACUUGUUUGUGCUUAACUAUGUAUUUCACUUUUAAUUACCCUGCCAAACAUUUAUUCUAAGGUCAAUGAUGGUGUCCAGUUGCAUCCAAGUAGACCUGAGAUUCCUCCAAGUGUAAACUAUAGUUAGUAAUAAAUAUAUAGAUAUUAUAUGUUUCACGUGAGAGCGGAUUCAUGCUUGAUUCAACCAGCUGAAUGUUACGUGCAUGCAAAUUUUUCAUUCAGUCAUUCAGCUGUAAAAUGGCUAUGUAGACAGUCAAAACAAUUCAGCUGUAAAUUUGUUUUAGUUGUUUAGAGCAAUAAAGUAUUAUUAUAAAAUAAUAUAAUAAUAUUUAUUUUAAUAAUAAAAUAAAUCUUCCGUUACGGACCCCAGAGAAAACCACUCACUGAAAUAGCAAGGAUGAAAAAUUUGCCAAUCACAACUGUCGUGCCUUUCGGGUGACGCGUAACCUGCCAAUCUCGAAGCCAGAUAAAGGCUAGCAGCAUACAGUCGAACGGCGCGAUCUGUAUUACAAGCGGCUAUAUUGUGUAAUGAGAUGCAACACUCAUGUUAUUAACAAUUCAUUUGAUUACGGUAAACCCCGCACACAGCGUAAGAGAAUUUGAUGUUACUCGUUAGUUUAUUCUUCCUUGAAUAAAAAGAAGUAGAAAGGUUUACGACUGAAUUCUAGGAUAAUUUUUUGACAAAAUAAGAAUAGACUUACUUACAUGUAAGAUAGAUAGUUCAUUGAUAGCCGCCUUGCAACAAAAAAUUGAAUUAUACGAUUAUUACUAAGUGAUAACAUUAG